UGUCCUACCUAUAAUAAAGAAAUGAUACUGGAGUUGCCAUCCCAAAACAGUGGGACGACAGGCAAAAGGAACAAAGUCACCCAUGAAGCAUGGAGAAACAGAAGGAGCAUAAGUUUAAAUAAAACAUCACUGUAGAGCUGUGGUGUCAGUAAAAAAAAAAACCCACUUCUUGCUUCACCCACUAUAUGGCAAGGUUUUUGUUAUUCACAAUCAAAUAUCAUUUCAACAGAUGCAGUCUCUCUCUGUUAAGGGAUUGAACUUACUGUUUCUAAAUCUCAGACCUAUUUUGCUGAUUUUUUGGGCCACACUCAGUUGUAGAAUCUUGGUUGUUUUGGGCAACCCUGGCUCAGGGUACCUGAGCACCAGCUUCUUUUCCUGGCCCAGCCUCACGGGCCAGCUCUCAUGCCCGGUCCCCACUUUCUUACAUUUCCCUGAGGCACCCAGGUUCCAGAGUUCCCACAAAGUCACUGUGAAGCUCCAUGCUGUCCUAAAGCAGGUAGACUCUCUUUUCUCUCCUUAAUUUAUUUUCCCAGUCAGCACACUUCGACUCAGGCUUUUUUUCCAAAAUGGAAAAUUUGUGUUUUGUUCCCAAGUAUAAAGCUUGACUCUCCUUACUGGCAUUUUCCACCACUGUGCUCUUCUGCCCGCGCCUUUUUCAUCAUAGCACUUAUCUCAGUUUUAAUAAUGUAUGUGUGAUUGUUAAUGUCUGUCUCCCUAACUAGAUAGGUGUUAACUUUCAGAAGGGCGGGAACCACAUCUAUUUUGUUCAUAUCUUUAUUCUCAUUAUUUGCAGGUGGUCAUGUGGAAUCCCUGAAUGUUAAAUGAAUAAAUAAAACUUCCACAGUAUUUACAGGUGGCAAGUAGACUCCUAAUUCAUUAGUUCAGAUUAACAGCCUUGUUCAUGCCAUGAUCAUUUUUUGAAAAAAUUACAAAACCAUGAAGACCAGGCCCACUAAAAUAUAUACACUAAUUUCAAACAGGUAGUUAACAAUCAUUUUUCAUCUUAUGUUAAUUUUCUGACACCUUCCUCAUACCAACUAGUAUAAUCCCUUUUAGGUGGGCGAUUUUAUCUCCUAUUUUGUUGAGUAGAUAAUGGUCAAUUGGUUUGAGUUCGCUCAUCUAUUUCCUCUACUUUUCAAAAUAACUCACUCUCUAGGAAUACCUCCUACGCUCUACUUUCAACAUGGAAGGCAGAGCUGCCCCUUUUCCUCCAGAUACUCUGGAAUCUUGCUCUCCUAAUCAACCCCCUCUGUCUACAGCAACUGCAGUCUCUUCCUUUCCAGUUGUCUCUUUCCUUCUGUCCUCAGGUAUUCAUUCAUUCAUUCAUUCAUUCAUUCAUUCAACAAACAUUUAUUAAAUGCUUGCUAAACACUUUGCACUGUUUUAUGUCUUCGAAUACAUCAAUGAGCAAAUCUUCACAGAAUUUACAUGCAAGUGGAAGGAAACAGAGCAGACAAUAAACAAAACAAAUAUGUAAAUUACAGUAUUUACAUAUUUGUAAUGUAUGUAUCGGCUAAGCAGAAACAAAGCAGGAGAGAAAUAAAGGAAGGAAGGUGGUGGAGGUUUUAAUUUUAAAUAAGGUAGUGAGGAGGGACUUCACUGGGAUUAGCAAAGCCUCAAAUAAAGUGAGGGAACACAUCUUGUGGGUACCUGGGUAUUAUGUGCUAAAUUGUGUCCCUCCAAAAUUUACAUGUUGAAGUCCCAACCUUUAGUGCUUCAGAAUAUAACUAUACUGUAUUUGGAGAUAAGAUCUUUAAAGCAGUGAUUAAGUUAAAAUGAGGCUGUUAAAGGUAGCCCCACACUCCAAUCUGACUGGUGUUAGAAGAAUAGGAAGAGACACCAGAGGGAAGAGGAAGUAAGAGGGCUGCCAUCGGCAAGCCAAGGAGAGAGGCCUCAGAAUCCCACCUUGAUCUUGGACUUCUAGCCUCCAGAACUUCGAGAAAAUAAACUAGUUUUGUUCAGGCCACCUGGUCUGUGGUAUUUGUUAGGGCAACUCUAGCAAACUCAUAUACCUGGGAAGUUUCCUAGGCAGGCAAAACAACAAAGGAAAACCCCCAAGGUGGGUCUUGAUUGGCCCAAUGGAGUGAGCAAAGACAGUAUGAAAUGAGAUCAGAAAAGCCAUAGGAACCAGAUGCUGUAGCACCCUGUAGUCUAUUUUAAGGACUUGACUUUUAUCCUGAGUGAACUGGGGGACCUUUUGAGGGUUACGACCAGCACUAUGGAAAAGCAAGAAGACCGGUGAAAGGUGUUCUAGACAGGAAAAACUUGAGUUGCUGGAUCAAAUACAGCUGAUAAAACAAAGAUUAUCCUUUGAAUACAGCACUGGUGGCCUCAGCGAGAGCAGUUUUGGUGGUGUGAAUGCCUGACUGUAGUGUACUUGGGAAUGGGAGAAGAAGAAUUGAAGAUAAGGAAUUUUGAACACUUGAGUUUUGCCAUACAGAGGAGCAAAGACACGUGGUAGGAGCUGGAAGGGGAAGAGAGGUUUCUUGUUUGUUUUGGGCUGGGGAGAGAUUAGAGCAUGUUUUUAGCAGAUGAAGGAUAAUCUAGGUAAACCCAUAUUGCCAACAUCUUAACAAAUCUUCACCGGUUUUGGACCAGGUGCGGUGGCUAAUGCCCGUAAAUUGCAGCACUUUGGGAGGCUGAGGCGGGAGGAUGGCUUGAGGCCAGGAUUUGAGACCAACCUGGGCAACACAGAAACCCCAUCUUUACAAAACAAAAUUAAAAAUUGGCCUGGCAUGGUGGCACGCAUCUGUAGUCCCAGCUACUCCGGAAGCUGAGGAAGGAAGAUCGCUUGAACGCAGGAAUUCAAGGUUAUAGUCAACUAUGGUCAAGCCACUGCACUCCAGCCUGGGCAAAAGAGCAAGACCCUCUCUCUAAAAAAAAAAAUUUUUUUUAAUGUUCACUGGUUUUGAUGCGGGUAAUAGCCUCCCGGCCAGUCUCCUCAUCGUUGAUGCUGUCACUGCUGAAGAUGCAUUUUCUUAUCACUUCACUCAUCUGCUCAAAAAUCUUCGGGAAGUCUUGACUUGCAGCAUUAAAAGUUCAAAUGCCUUGGCUGAACAUUCCAGUCUUCUCCACUCUGCCCUUUUGCAGUUUCAUCACUGUCUUUGGUGAGGUACAAAGCGUGCCAGGUCAGAGUCAGAAGACAUGAAUUAAAGUCAUGAUUCUGUGACCAACCAGCUACGUGAUCUUAGGCUAACUACGUCAGUGCACUGGGCCGGGGCUCCUUCCCGUUUCUAAGGAGGCGGGAGGCGUGUCGGGCAGACUGGAUUGUCACAGGUCACUGCCAUCUCUAACAAGCGGACUUCUGAGCCCCGUUGCGGCCACAAGUAGGACCAUCUCCUGCACCCUCCUUACCCUUCUACUUCUAGGGACCACACGGCUUCUGUGGCCACUUCUUGCUGCUUCGCUUUUGCCUUCCUAAGUAGACUAGGCUUUAGAAGAGCUACAAUGCCAGCUCCUUUAAGGUCGACCUCCUCCCGGUCACAAGGGACUUGCCUCCCACUCUUCACUUGGGACCGUCCUCUUCACUUGGGACCGUCCUCUUCACAGUCAGAAUCCGCCACGUAGUAAGUGCCGCUUCCAACCAAUCAAAAGGCAGUUAGCGCAGACCUUUGAGGGACAUCCACUUCCACCAAUGAUCUUCAAGUCUUCUCCAGCGCCUCGCUUUGUGGGGCGAGGCCAACCACCGCGAUGGCCAAUCUGUUGUAGGAAAGGUAUUCCGGGAACUGAUGAGCGCACCAAUCAGGUAAAAAGACGUCGGGGAAGGGCAUUUCUCAUUGGUAAUUGCGUCCGGAAGAGGGACGGGCCUCGAACGACGAAAUUACGAUUUGAUUGGUAGGUGCGAUGUUGACCACCAGGGAAAGUCCACCUUCCCCAACAAGGCCAGCCUGGGAACAUGGAGUGGCAGCGGCCGCAGCCAAUGAGAGAGCAAACGCGCGGAAAGUUUGCUCAAUGGGCGAUGUCCGAGAUAGGCUGUCACUCAGGUGGCAGCGGCAGAGGCCGGGCUGAGACGUGGCCAGGGGAACACGGCUGGCUGUCCAGGCCGUCGGGGCGGCAGUAGGGUCCCUAGCACGUCCUUGCCUUCUUGGGAGCUCCAAGCGGCGGGAGAGGCAGGCGUCAGUGGCUGCGCCUCCAUGCCUGCGCGCGGGGCGGGACGCUGAUGGAGCGCGCCAUCAGCCCGGGGCUGCUGGUACGGGCGCUGCUGCUGCUGCUGCUGCUGCUGGGGCUCGCGGCAAGGACGGUGGCCGCGGGGCGCGCCCGUGGCCUCCCAGCGCCGACGGCGGAGGCGGCGUUCGGCCUCGGGGCGGCCGCUGCUCCCACCUCAGCGACGCGAGUACCGGCGGCGGGCGCCGUGGCUGCGGCCGAGGUGACUGUGGAGGACGCUGAGGCGCUGCCGGCAGCCGCGGGAGAGCAGGAGCCUCGGGGUCCGGAACCAGACGAUGAGACAGAGUUGCAACCGCGCGGCAGGUCAUUAGUAAUUAUCAGCACUUUAGAUGGGAGAAUUGCUGCCUUGGAUCCUGAAAAUCAUGGUAAAAAGCAGUGGGAUUUGGAUGUGGGAUCUGGUUCCUUGGUGUCAUCCAGCCUUAGCAAACCAGAGGUAUUUGGGAAUAAGAUGAUCAUUCCUUCCCUGGAUGGAGACCUCUUCCAGUGGGACCGAGACCGUGAGAGCAUGGAAACAGUUCCUUUCACAGUUGAAUCACUUCUUGAAUCUUCUUAUAAAUUUGGAGAUGAUGUUGUUUUGGUUGGAGGAAAAUCUCUGACUACAUAUGGACUCAGUGCAUAUAGUGGAAAGGUGAGGUAUAUCUGUUCAGCUCUGGGUUGUCGCCAAUGGGAUAGUGACGAAAUGGAACAAGAGGAAGACAUCCUGCUUCUACAGCGUACCCAAAAAACUGUUAGAGCUGUCGGACCUCGCAGUGGCAAUGAGAAGUGGAAUUUCAGUGUUGGCCACUUUGAACUUCGGUAUAUUCCAGACAUGGAAACGAGAGCAGGAUUUAUUGAAAGCACCUUUAAGCCCAAUGAGAACACAGAAGAGUCUAAAAUUAUUUCAGAUGUGGAAGAACAGGAAGCUGCCAUAAUGGACAUAGUGAUAAAGGUUUCGGUUGCUGACUGGAAAGUUAUGGCAUUCAGUAAGAAGGGAGGACAUCUGGAAUGGGAGUACCAGUUUUGUACUCCAAUUGCAUCUGCCUGGUUACUUAAGGAUGGGAAGGUCAUUCCCAUCAGUCUUUUUGAUGAUACAAGUUAUACAUCUAAUGAUGAUGUUUUAGAAGAUGAAGAAGACAUUGUAGAAGCUGCCAGAGGAGCCACAGAAAACAGUGUUUACUUGGGAAUGUAUAGAGGCCAGCUGUAUCUGCAGUCAUCAGUCAGAAUUUCAGAAAAGUUUCCUUCAAGUCCCAAGGCUUUGGAAUCUGUCAAUGAAAACGCAAUUAUUCCUUUGCCAACAAUCAAAUGGAAACCCUUAAUUCAUUCUCCUUCCAGAACUCCUGUCUUGGUAGGAUCUGAUGAAUUUGACAAAUGUCUCAGUAAUGAUAAGUUUUCUCAUGAAGAAUAUAGUAAUGGUGCACUUUCAAUCUUGCAGUAUCCAUAUGAUAAUGGUUAUUAUCUACCAUACUACAAGAGGGAAAGGAACAAACGAAGCACACAGAUUACAGUCAGAUUCCUCGACAACCCACAUUACAACAAGAAUAUCCGCAAAAAGGAUCCUGUUCUUCUUUUACACUGGUGGAAAGAAAUAGUUGCAACGAUUUUGUUUUGUAUCAUAGCAACAACGUUUAUUGUGCGCAGGCUUUUCCAUCCUCAUCCUCACAGGCAAAGGAAGGAGUCUGAAACUCAGUGUCAAACUGAAAAUAAAUAUGAUUCCGUAAGUGGUGAAGCCAAUGACAGUAGCUGGAAUGACAUAAAAAACUCUGGAUAUAUAUCACGAUAUCUAACUGAUUUUGAGCCAAUUCAAUGCCUGGGACGUGGUGGCUUUGGAGUUGUUUUUGAAGCUAAAAACAAAGUAGAUGACUGCAAUUAUGCUAUCAAGAGGAUCCGUCUCCCCAAUAGGGAAUUGGCUCGGGAAAAGGUAAUGCGAGAAGUUAAAGCCUUAGCCAAGCUUGAACACCCGGGCAUUGUUAGAUAUUUCAAUGCCUGGCUCGAAGCACCACCAGAGAAGUGGCAAGAAAAGAUGGAUGAAAUUUGGCUGAAAGAUGAAAGCACAGACUGGCCACUCAGCUCUCCUAGCCCAAUGGAUGCACCAUCAGUUAAAAUACGCAGAAUGGAUCCUUUCUCUACAAAAGAACAUAUUGAAAUCAUAGCUCCUUCACCACAAAGAAGCAGGUCUUUUUCAGUAGGGAUUUCCUGUGACCAGACAAGUUCAUCUGAGAGCCAGUUCUCACCACUGGAAUUCUCAGGAAUGGACCAUGAGGACAUCAGUGAGUCAGUGGAUGCAGCAUACAACCUCCAGGACAGUUGCCUUACAGACUGUGAUGUGGAAGAUGGGACUAUGGAUGGCAAUGAUGAGGGGCCCUCCUUUGAACUUUGUCCUUCUGAAGCUUCUCCUUAUGUAAGGUCAAGGGAGAGAACCUCCUCUUCAAUAGUAUUUGAAGAUUCUGGCUGUGAUAAUGCUUCCAGUAAAGAAGAGCCGAAAACUAAUCGAUUGCAUAUUGGCAACCAUUGUGCUAAUAAACUAACUGCUUUCAAGCCCACCAGUAGCAAAUCUUCUUCUGAAGCUACAUUGUCUAUUUCUCCUCCGAGACCAACCACUUUAAGUUUAGAUCUCACUAAAAACACCACAGAAAAACUCCAGCCCAGUUCACCAAAGGUGUAUCUUUACAUUCAAAUGCAGCUGUGCAGAAAAGAAAACCUCAAAGACUGGAUGAAUGGACGAUGUACCAUAGAGGAGAGAGAGAGGAGCAUGUGUCUGCACAUCUUCCUGCAGAUCGCAGAGGCAGUGGAGUUUCUUCACAGUAAAGGACUGAUGCACAGGGACCUCAAGCCAUCCAACAUAUUCUUUACAAUGGAUGAUGUGGUCAAGGUUGGAGACUUUGGGUUAGUGACUGCAAUGGACCAGGAUGAGGAAGAGCAGACGGUUCUGACCCCAAUGCCAGCUUAUGCCAGACACACAGGACAAGUAGGGACCAAACUGUAUAUGAGCCCAGAGCAGAUUCAUGGAAACAGCUAUUCUCAUAAAGUGGACAUCUUUUCUUUAGGCCUGAUUCUAUUUGAAUUGCUGUAUCCAUUCAGCACUCAGAUGGAGAGAGUCAGGACCUUAACUGAUGUAAGAAAUCUCAAAUUUCCACCAUUAUUUACUCAGAAAUAUCCUUGUGAGUAUGUGAUGGUUCAAGACAUGCUCUCUCCAUCCCCCAUGGAACGACCUGAAGCUAUAAACAUCAUUGAAAAUGCUGUAUUUGAGGACUUGGACUUUCCAGGAAAAACAGUGCUCAGACAGAGGUCUCGCUCCUUGAGUUCAUCGGGAACAAAACAUUCAAGACAGUCCAACAACUCCCAUAGCCCUUUGCCAAGCAAUUAGCCUUAAGUUGUGCUAGCAACCCUAAUAGGUGAUGCAGAUAAUAGCCUACUUCUUAGAAUAUGCCUGUCCAAAAUUGCAGACUUGAAAAGUUUGUUCUUCGCUCAAUUUUUUUGUGGACUACUUUUUUUAUAUCAAAUUUAAGCUGGAUUUGGGGGCAUAACCUAAUUUGAGCCAACUCCUGAGUUUUGCUAUACUUAAGGAAAGGGCUAUCUUUGUUCUUUGUUAGUCUCUUGAAACUGGCUGCUGGCCAAGCUUUAUAGCCCUCACCAUUUGCCUAAGGAGGUAGCAGCAAUCCCUAAUAUGUAUAUAUAUAGUGAGAACUAAAAUGGAUAUAUUUUUAUAAUGCAGAAGAAGGAAAGUCCCCCUAUGUGGUAACUGUAUUGUUCUAGAAAUAUGCUUUCUAGAGAUAUGAUGAUUUUGAAACUGAUUUCUAGAAAAAGCUGACUCCAUUUUUGUCCCUGGCGGGUAAAAUUAGGAAUCUGCACUAUUUUGGAGGACAAGUAGCACAAACUGUAUAACGGUUUAUGUCCAUAGUUUUAUAGUCCUAUUUGUAGCAUUCAAUAGCUUUAUUCCUUAGAUGGUUCUAGGGUGGGUUUACAGCUUUUUGUACUUUUACCUCCAAUAAAGGGAAAAUGAAGCUUUUUAUGUAAAUUGGUUGAAAGGUCUAGUUUUGGGAGGAAAAAAGCCGUAGUAAGAAAUGGAUCAUAUAUAUUACAACUAACUUCUUCAACUAUGGACUUUUUAAGCCUAAUGAAAUCUUAAGUGUCUUAUAUGUAAUCCUGUAAGUUGGUACUUCCCCCAAACUGAUUAUAGGUAACAGUUUAAUCAUCUAACUUGCUAACAUGUUUUUAUUUUUCACUGUAAAUAUGUUUAUGUUUUAUUUAUAAAAAUUCUGAAAUCAAUCCAUUUGGGUUGGUGGUGUACAGAACACACUUAAGUGUGUUAACUAUUGUGACUUCUUUCAAGUCUAAAUGAUUUAAUAAAACUUUUUUUAAAUUAA